AUGCCUCCUUUUACACCGGCAGUUCGUGCCGAAAACACCUUUGCCGCUCAAUCCACCAGCACCAAGCCUUUUUCCUCCAAAUUCGCUCCUGCUAGCCAUGACGGUCAACCUCGCAGACUCGCCGUCAUGACCUCCGGUGGCGAUUCAGCUGGUAUGAAUGCUGCAGUCCGCUCCGUCGUCAAAAUGGCCAUCUUCCGCGGAUGCGAGGCCUUUGUCAUUCGCGAAGGUUGGGAGGGUCUCGUUCGAGGAAAUCAGACACCCGAAAACACCCCCUCUGCAACCCCCUCGGUCAGCAGGAGCGCCUCCACCUUCUUCGACUCGCCUAACAUCCAGGCCAAGCCUUCUCACCUGGAAGCCAACCCAGAACAGUCCGACUUUGUGCCAACAUACGGAGAGGGCGAGCUGCUGCGAGAAGGUGUAGGAGAGGCGCAGGAACUCGGUCUCCGUGGUCGAUACAUCAUCCGUGUCGGCUGGGAUGACGUUCGCGGUUGGAUGGACCAAGGUGGUACCCUCAUCGGCACCGCGCGCUCCAAGACCUUCCGCACUCCCGAGGGUCGCGAACAGGCCGCCUAUAACCUCAUCAUCAACGGCAUCGACGCUCUCGCCGUCUGUGGUGGAGACGGAAGUCUCACCGGUGCUGACAAGCUUCGUGCAGAAUGGCCCGACCUCGUCGCAUCGCUCAAGGCCAAGAGCAAGAUCACCGAAGAGCAAGCCACCAAAUUCGCCCACCUCAACAUUGUUGGUCUCGUUGGAUCCAUCGACAACGACAUGGCCACCACCGACAUUACCAUCGGCGCAUCCACCGCUCUCCAGCGCAUCUGCGAGGCCGUCGACUCUAUCUCGUCCACUGCUGCCUCGCAUUCUCGUGCCUUUGUCGUCGAAGUGAUGGGCAGACAUUGCGGCUGGCUCGCCCUCAUGGCCGGUAUUGCUACGGGUGCCGACUAUGUCUUCAUCCCCGAGCGCCCUCCUCAGGGCGAACAAUGGCACUCCGAGAUGUCGGCCGUCCUUCAAAAGCAUCGAGACCUUGGGAAACGAAAAUCCAUCGUCAUUGUCGCAGAGGGCGCCAUCGACCGUGAACUCAACGACAUCUCGCCCGAAAUGAUCAAACAAGUGCUCUCCAACGACCUCGGUCUUGACACCCGUGUCACCACCCUCGGACACACCCAGCGUGGUGGAAAGCCCGAUGCCAACGACCGUAUCCUCGCAACGCUUCAAGGUAUCGAAGCUGUCGAUGCCGUUCUCGAAGCCACUCCAGAGACCCCCUCUUACGUCAUCGGCAUCAGCGAAAACAAGAUCACUCGUAUUCCGCUCAUGUUUGCCGUCGAACAAACUCAAAAGGUCGCAAAGCUCAUCGAGUCCAAGGACUUUGACGGCGCGCUCGCCCUUCGUGACCCUGAAUUCGCCGAAGGACUCCGUGCAUUCAAGUACAUCAGUCAGAUCACCGAAGAUGAGAUGCUGCCGCAGAACAAGCGUCUCCGGAUGGGUGUCAUUAAUGUCGGCGCUCCUGCUGGAGGCAUGAACGCAGCCACACGCACCGCCGUCCGUUACUGCCUCGCAAAGGGCCACGAGGCCGUCGUCAUCUACAACGGCUUCCCAGGUCUGCUCGAGGACAACGUCUCGGUGCUCAACUGGCUCCGCGUAGACAACUGGGCCACAAGAGGUGGCUCGGAACUCGGUGUCAACCGCCAUCUGCCCGAUAUUGACAUUGGCGCGGUUGCCGCCAAGUUGCAAGAGCAUAAGAUCGAAGGUCUUUUGAUUGUCGGUGGCUUCGAGGCCUUCAGUUCGGUCAAGAUUCUCAACGACAACCGCGAUCGAUACCCCGCGUUCCGCAUCCCCAUCGUCGGUCUUCCGGCCACCAUCUCCAACAAUGUGCCCAUGAACGAGUUUUCGCUCGGCUCUGAUACGUCGCUCAAUGCGCUUGUCGAUGCAUGCGAUGCUGUCAAGCAGUCGGCGUCGGCAUCGCGAAACCGAGUGUUUGUCGUCGAGACGCAGGGUGGCAAGUGCGGCUACAUUGCGGUUAUGGGUGCGCUUGCUGCAGGAGCUGUGCUCGUCUACACGCCCGAGGUGGGCAUCGGCCUGCAGCAGCUCGGCAAGGACGUCGCUUUCCUCAAGAAGCGUUUCCUGCUGGAUGUCAAGGGCAAGUCCGAAGGAAGGCUGGUUAUCCGUAACGAAAAGUCAUCCGACGUCUUCACCACCGAGGUCAUCACCAAGAUCCUCAAGGAGGAAGGCAACAGCCUCUUUGACGCACGGUCCGCUAGCCUCGGACACACGCUUCAGGGCGGUGUGCCUUCGCCGUUGGACCGUGUGCGCGCCACACGUCUGGCGCUCAAGUGCUGCGAGUUCCUCGAGUCGCAAGCUCUCAAGCAGCGGUCUGGUUCUUCCGCCUCGUCCAAGACGGGCAGUGGCUCAAGCUCGGAUAAGUCGUACUCGGAUGACACGGCGGUCAUGAUCACCAUCCAGGGUUCCACCAUUUGCUUCACCUCAGCCACCGAGAUGUCGCGCAAUGCCGAUAUGAAGAAUCGACGUGGUAAGACCGCAUGGUGGCACGAGCUCAAGGCGCUCGUAGAGUUGCUUGGUGGUCGCACCGCUCUCGCUGAGUUGUAG